CCUAGCCGUGAUGCCACCAUGAAACGGCCAAGAACCUUAACUGCAAAAACACCCCGAUUCCAACGCAAGACCCCUUCUGAUCUGUACCUUCGUUGGCAUCUCCUUCGGCCUACAACUCCUUCCACCAAGAAAUUUCGCUGUUUUAUCGAUCUGCCCAUCUCUGAUUAUUUAAAGCCUUCCUACACCAUCCCAUGUUUUGCAUCAAAUUCUUGUGUAAUUUGCAUCUCCUACGUGCUUACAUAUUUGACAAAGAAAUUAAUGGCAUUAAAAGGCAAUCUUGCCGAGUUUGAAGAUUUUUUCCCCGCAAUGGUGGAGAAACUUGGCGCAGAAGGAUUCUUGGAUGAGCUAUGCAAUGGGUUUAGGUUGCUGAUGGAUGAAAAAAAAGGGUUGAUCACAUUGGAAAGCUUGAAGAAAAAUUCAGCCUUGUUAGGUUUGCAAGACAUGAAGGAUGAUGAAUUGCUAUCUAUGAUAGAAGAAGGGGAUUCGGAUGGUGAUGGGAAUCUGAAUGAAAUGGAGUUUUGUGUUCUCAUGUUUAGAUUGAGUCCCGAGCUAAUGAAGACUUCAAGAAUGUUUGUUGAAGAAGCUAUAUUGAAUCAGUCAUAGUCUCUAAUUUAGUAAGUAAUGGUAUUUUAGAUUAAUAGAUCAAUCAAGGGCAUCCAUCCGAUUGCUUGUAUUUAUUAAUAAUAAUUUUCGAAUUAAUUUUGCUCCAUCAUAGGGGUAAUUACUUGC